AUGAGGUACCGCGAAAAAGGAAAGUUGGGCGCCAUUAACAAAGGCCAUGAGUUGCACACAAUAUGGAUCUAUUCCGUGGCCCGCCACAUGAUCAAUCCAAAGGCUAGAGAGGCCUAUACAUACAGAUCCUCUGGUCACGGACCAUGGCAACCAGUGAGCAAAAACAUGGAAUUUGAAAGGCUGUUGCAGAGGAUACUUUUCCUGAGUGGCCUAGAGGACGAAAAAGCAAGAGAAGAUGGGGACAAAGCUUGUGAAGAAGCAGAACUGUAUCAAACCCCGCCAGGCCAGCCACCGAACGAAGAGAUCCAAAAUCGCCACGGCUCGAUCACCCAGCAGACGGGAUUGUCCGAAGAUGGCAUUGGUCCUACAGCUUCACAUUCAGUCAGCCAGUCCUCGCCCGAGCCAACAAACACAGCCACAGCAGUUAAAUGCACAAGAGAAUCCCUUGCAGAAUUACACUCUGUCAUCUCAAGAAACCGGCAGUUGACACCCCGAAAGCCCGUUCGUGCGUCUCUAACUCGCCUCCCUUCCAAGGAGGCCAUCGUACCGGGGCCACAGACUACUUCAUCGGCAGCUUCCAUACGUGUUAACUCAAUGGCAGAAGGACAGGUUGAAAUGCGGAAUCAUCACCAUAGCGUGGAAGCAUCCUCUGCUGGCGCAAGACCUGCCAUGAAGCAAGCGAGGAGUCAUGGUGAUCGAAUCAACCGCGAGAAACGGUAUGCUCGUCUGGAAAAGGAGUUCAAGCGACUGUCACGGAUACAGCAGAUACAUGAGCAAUUGAACAGGACGAGGGCCUAA